UACCUAAAAUUUUACAUCUUUAGGGGGGAGAGGGGGUACGGUAAGACCUCUUUCCUGUUCUCCUAGUUUCACGAUCUGUAGUAGUCGGCUCCCAAAACCUCCAGUUCUGGACAUCUCCAUGCCAACUACCCGACAUUUAACAAGACCAAGUCUCACCGCCAUACGUGCGCCUAUCGAGACUGUGUUGGACAAAGGGAUAUCUACGCUCUGAACAUCUAAAGAGACAUGUCACCAGCGUACAUUUGCAACAAAUGCACGUCUGCAAAUAUUGUCCCAAAUCUUUCAAUCGUAAGGAUAACUGGCGACAACACCUUCGAUUACACACGAGGCCAAACACGAGACUUAAGAGAGUAGCUUACAAUCCAGAAGCUGUCAAGCAAUACACAACGGAGACUGAGCGAUUAAUACAUAGUCGUCGAGUUAUUAGAAAUGAAAGAUAGAAAAGCGCAAACACGUG